CCAAAUCCCAUUUCCAAAACCCUCUCCGGCGACGAGCUCGAAGCGGGCAAUGGCGGGCGGCGCCGGCGAAGACCACCUCAGCGCUCUCCCCGACGACGUCCUCCGUCUCAUCCUCCUCCGCCUCCCCUCCACCGCCGAGGCCGCGCGGAUCAGCGCCCUCUCCCGCCACUGGCGCCACCUCUGGACCACCCUCACGGAGCUGCGGUUCCCCGACGUCACCGACCUCGCCAGCGUCCGCGCCGUCCUCCGCCGCCACCCCGCCCCGGUCCUCCACAAGCUGCAUGUCCGCCACGAGCUUACCGUUGCUAGCGGCCGCGUCCCGGAUAAGAUCGCCGCGGUCCUCGGAUUGGCCGCGCCCCGCCUCGAAGGCGAGCUCUGCUUCGAGAUCAUCACGCCGGCGAACCAAAAUCCGGCGGCGGGGGCGGCUGGGGUCGGGGGCACGUUUCAGAUCCCGUGCUUCAACAAGGCCACGGAGAUCAUCAUCAACCUACCCGACCACCUUGGCAUCCGGCUGCCACCAACCGGCGUCUUCGCGAAGCUCACGGUGAUGAUGUUGACCCGCUUGGACAAACAGAACCAGCGCGAUCUCGGCGGCGCGGUCUCAUCGGAGGGUUGUCCUUCGCUACAGCACCUCAUCCUCGGCAAAUCUUAUGUCUCGUCACAUCUUGCCAUCCGCUCCGAGUCUCUCCUCCGUGUUCGUCUGUUCUGCCUGCGAGGCUUGGAGCGGCUCACGGUUGUUGCUCCUGUGCUUAAAGAACUAGGUGUGAACAAUUGCCUCGUCACGAGUGUGGCAAGCGCUGACAUAUCUGCUCCGGCGGUUGAGGAACUUCACUGGAUUGAUGGGUUCGAUCCGCUCUUGGUCCAAUUCAGUGCGAUGCCACGCCUCUGGAGUCUCGCUGUCUGCGGCGCGCCGAGCAGAAUACAUGAUGUUGGAAAUUCGCAGUCUCUGCCACUCCUGCAGCGUUUUGUGUCAGCCCGUGAAGUUCAUAUCCUUCUCAUGUAUCCAUUUUUCUUGGCUAACUUUGAUCUCAUGGUGGAAGCCGAGAAGACGCUCCCUGCCGUCGAAAUCCUAUGUCUGAAGUUCUGUACAAGAGGACAUGCCUUUGGACCUUGUCUAUUCCAUUUUCUUAGGAUGUGUACCAGUAUAAGGCAACUGGAUAUGGACUUCGACGAUGGCAGUAAGAUUCGUUGCUCAUUUAACUGCAUUUGUCAUCAGCCUCAAGUCUGGGAAACAAUGAAUAUCUGCUUGAAUUUUCUCCAGAAAGUUGAAAUGAAAAAUUUGAGUGGAACAGAGUAUGAAAUAUCUUUUGUGAAACAACUGUUGAGAUGGGUGCCAAUGCUCAAGACGAUUACUCUAAGAUUUGAUCAUUCAGUCAGCGAGGAGGUGUGCAUGGAGCUACUUAGCUUGUCUACCCCCGGGAUUUGCAUGGAAAUUUACUUGCACCGCAAUGGAGAUGAGGUGAAGUACAGCGGAGUGAGCCUGAAGAGGCAUGGAGAUGAUUAACUGUACAGUGAAAUGGCGACCUGUAGCCCAUGGUAUUCAGAUGGAGCACUGUGAUCUCCAAAACUCACCAAUUUUCAGUCCUGCCUUUCAGAUCUACUAGGGGCAAGGAUGUUCGUCUCUCAUGGCUGAGCGAAUGCUUGCACUUAGGCGCUCAGCAACUUGGCCCAAUCUGUGUUUACAUGCUCUGAAGAAUGUUUGAACAUGCAUUUGGAUGUUUUCAUGCUGCUGGUGAAAAUUGUCUGAUCGAAACUUUUUUUUUUGCCGGGUAGGAUAAGAUAGCCUACCAAAUAUAUUAGAA